AACAUCCUGUAGAUAUUGACGUGAUGGUUUCUGCCAGUGUGGAAAAAGGGAUCCUCUUCCUCACUCAGAUAGGAGUUGAGAUCCUGGGAAACUCAUCACUUCUUUGUCUUUAUAACUUCACUUUGAUCACUGGGCACAUGUUGAGACCCACAGACUUGAUUCUCAACCAAGUGGUCUUGGCCAAUUCCUUGGUACUUUUUUCUAAAGGGAUCCCUCAGACUAUGGCAGCUUUUGGACUGAAUUUUUUCCUGGAUGAUGCUGGAUGCAAACUUGUCUUCUAUUUGCACAGAGUAGGCAGGGGGGUUUCCCUCAGCACCAUCUGCCUCCUCAGUGGCUUCUAGGCCAUUAAGCUUUGCCUCAAGUUCUCUAGGUGGUUGGAGGUCAGAAUUAGAUCCCCAGUGUGCAUUGGCUCCUACUGUUUCCUCUGCUGGAUCCUGCAUCUCUCAUUAAAUAUCUUAAUUCCUUUGACAGUGAACGGGCCACAAAAUAGCACAAACGCAGGUGUGCUAACUAAUUUUAGAUACUGUUCUGUGCUCAUUCUGGGGACAGUGAUACAAAAACUACAUGCUGUCAUGCUCUCCUUCAUUGAUGCGAAUUUGGGCUUCAUGGCCUGGGCAAGUGGCUCCAUGGUCCUUGUCUUGCACAGACACAAGCAACGAGUCCAACACAUUCACAGCAACAGCCUCUCCUGUAAACCUUCUCACGAGGCCAGAGCCACACGCACCAUCCUCAUCCUGGUGAGCAUUUUUGUCUCCUUUUACUCUCUCUCUUCCAUUUUGACUAUCUAUGUUUCUCUAACUGUAAAUCCAGGCCAGUGGCUGAUAGACAUCUCUACACUCAUGGCUUCAUGCUUCCCAGCAUUCAGCCCCUUUGUGCUCAUGACCAGUGAUGGCCAUGUCUCUCAGUUCUUCUUUGCCUGCCAUGCGAGAAAAUAG